GAUCAGUCAUCCCGCAAUAUAUCCUCCACUCAGAAGCCCUUGCUACAACUGCGCACACGUACAUAAGUGGGUAUGCUGCGUACUACUACCCCAGCCCCAGACGGACCGGGUAAUCCACAGGAGCUUGGGAGCUUCCGAUUGCCCUUCGGUUCGGGGGAAAGAUACCAUCUGAUCGAAACUCCUAUUUAAUUUGACUUACUCAGGACAAUAAAGAGGCAUAUUAAGGUUCUAGACCGUUGGUUCCUGAACAAGGGAUAUUACAAGAAGUCCAGGAGGGCCUGGGCCUCGAAAGGUGUUCUGGACUCUUUGGGGCUGAAGCUGUCCUCCAGGUUGUGUGUGGCUAAUGUUACCCGUCACGUGUAUCACGUGAUAUGAACAGAAACUUGGGCAGCAAACCUCGCAAACAGAACAAACAUGCAAAAAAAAAGGACCGGGAGUGGGAUGAAUCACUCAAUAUGGCUUGGCGGAGUUUUUGCGUCGAGGGGAACCGGAAAUAAUUCCUUUAGGUUGUGCAAGCGGAUUCAUUGUUGAUUUUCGGUUUCUUUGUGGGCCCAUUUAUUGCCUGGGCUUCUUAACCACAAUCCAUCCACUCUUGCUAGACUUUUUGCAGGAAUAUCUGGCCUUCCAGUGAGGUGGGGGAAAUCAGUUACUCAGUGAGUCGCAGAGAUGGGUCCGAAACAGAAAGGCGGUGGCUCCAAACAGAGGGGAAAUGCUGCGGAGGAAGUAGAGGAGACGUUGCAGGCUGUUGUUCUUGCCGACACCUUCGAGACGAGAUUUGAGCCGUUCACUCUCGACAAGCCUCGGUGUCUUUUACCGCUAGCGAAUACCCCUUUGAUUGAGUAUACAUUGGAGUUCCUUGCGAAUGCCGGUGUCGAAGAUGUGUUCCUAUACGGCGGAGCACACUCGGAUCAGUUGGAGAAGUAUAUUAAUGCGUCAAAAUGGAGAUCGCCAUCAUCGCCGUUCAAGCAAUUGGCUUUCCUCAAGUCCACUUCUACCUCCGUCGGCGACGUCAUGCGCGAUCUGGAUGGAAAACAUCUUAUUACCGGAGAUUUCAUCGUUGUGAGCGGAGAUGUCAUCAGCAACCUGCCUAUUGAAGGUGCUUUGACCCAACAUCGGGCUCGUCGUGCAGCAAACAAGGAUGCCAUUAUGACCAUGGUCUUGCGGGAGGCCGGCAGAAAUCAUAGAACCAAGUCUUCGUCUUCUUCGCCCGUCUUCAUCAUUGAUCCUACGAAGGAUCGCUGUCUACAUUACGAGGAGAUUGAUCACCAUUCGCGGGAGACGACCCGUCUCAAUAUCGACUCGGAGAUCAUUCUUGAGAACGCAGAGCUAGAUAUCCGCCAGGAUCUGAUCGACUGCAGCAUCGAUAUUUGCACACCUGACGUGCUGAGUCUUUGGUCCGACAGUUUCGAUUAUCAAACACCUCGGACGCAAUUCUUGUAUGGUGUGCUGAAAGAUUACGAGCUGAAUGGAAAGACGAUCCACACACAUAUCGUCAAGGAUCACUAUGCGGCUAGAGUGAGGAACUUGAAGGCGUACGAUGCCGUUACCAAGGAUGUCAUUUCAAGGUGGGCGUACCCUCUGUGCCCUGACACAAACCUGCUACCGGGCCACAACUACGAACUUCGGAAAGGAAACCUAUACCAGGAGCAGGGUGUGACCUUGGCUCGUUCAUGUGUUAUUGGCCGGCGGACGGUUAUUGGACAAGGCACAAGCAUCGGAGACAAGACGACAGUCAAGGAUACGGUUCUGGGAAGGAACUGCAAGAUUGGUAAAAAUGUCACUUUAGACGGUGCCUACAUUUGGGAUGGUGCUGUGAUUGGCGACGGUACAACUGUACGCCACGCUAUUGUUGCAGAUAACGUCCAAGUUGGUAGCAAGUGCACCGUCGAGCCUGGGGCUCUCCUCUCAUUUGGAGUGAAGAUCGCAGACGGAAUGACCGUCAGCGAAGGCAAGCGCAUUACCAACGCCCCUAGGGAGGAAGACGGGGGUGUGCCGGAAAGUGAACCGGAAGUCGUCGGUGAAGGCGGCAAGGGUUAUGAAUACGUCCCCUACGAAGAUGAGGAUGACUCGGAUACCGAGAGCAAUGCCUCGUCAGGACUGGUUUACAAUAUGGCGCAACUUUCGCUCUCCACAGAUUCCAUCUCGACUCUUUCAUCUGAGGUCUCAGACUACGGCCACUCUCGUUCAGGAAGCUUUAGCAGCUCAGGCGGUGACGAUGACGAAGAACAUUUCGUUCAUGACGCCGCAACCAGUGUCUAUGACAGCUUGCGCGAUGGCGUCACAUCAGAUGUGGUGCAGCUGGAACUGGUCAGUCUACGUAUGACAGCCAACGCGUCUGAUCACCAAGUUCGACGCGCCGUGGUGUCGGCUUUCAUGAAGCGUACUCAGCAAUUGAUGGAAGGUGGAAAGGGAGCAGGCGACAUCGUUAGGGAGCUCUUUGGCAAGUAUCGUGAGAUUAUCGAACGGUCCCUGUUCGACCGCGACCGCGAUGCGAAGCCUGAUCAAGUCGACCUACUACUUUUGUUUCAACAAGAUCUCGUUCACCGCAACCGUGGCGAUACCGUCCUCUUGUUUGUUGCUAAGGAAUUAUAUGACCUAGAGAUCCUAGAAGAGGAGGCAUACGAGCAGUGGUGGGAUGAUGAGAGGUCCUCGAGUACUGACGAGAUGAAACAAGUGCGCAGCCAGACCCAACAAUUCGUGGACUGGCUGGCAAACGCUGAAGAAGAGGAAAGUAGCGAGGAAGAGGAUGACGACGACGAAGAGGAGAGCGAUGAUGAGUGAUCUGAUAUAGAAUUGGAACGUGUUAUGAAACGCGGAUAAACAAAAAAUGAACCGUUAUGAGUGAAAAUACAAUGCAUUGCGAGAUAUCAGAAUACUUAAGCAUAGCACUAGUAGUAUUAUAACUCAACCACUGGAAGAGGAACAACAUGACUGGUUUGUCUGCCUGGUGGCUGCCUAAGGCUGUUGUUUUCAGUCAUUUGCUCAGGUCAUUAGGUUGAGUCACGUUUGGUUAGGGCUCCAUCAUAGUUCUACAUAGUAUAACAGAAAUGACCAAGAGAUCUUUGACGGAGAGA